AUGGAUCAGUUCUAUGAGCUUCAGCAGGUAGCUCGAGAAUAUAGCGAAAGCUCAUUUUUCAAUAAGAUAGAACUAGACAAGAAUGAGCUCCAGAUUUUAAUAACGACUUUAGAAGACGAGCACUGCAUUGUAAAAGUUUGUGAGAAUGGCUGGUACACAAACAAAUCCGCAGAAUACUUUCCUACGUUUGAAAGCCUUGCAAACCACAUUAGUCCGCAAUUCCAACAACAAUGGUUUGCCAAAGUGAAUGAAAGACUUCACGCCAUCUAA